CUUACAAAUUGGUCUGGUAACAUUGAAGGGAACGGAACGUCAUUUUGUUGAUGAAGGCAUGCGUGAAAUUACUCACAAAUUAAACGACCAUUUUAAGUCAGAUUUUGGCUGGAGUCACAUAAUAUAUUGCGGUUGUUGGUACCUUGUAAAACAUACACUUUCUUAAAUGGAUUGGGUGAUUUUUUGUGUUCUCUCUGCGACAUUUUCACCGGUAUUUGCCAAUUAUGGCAUCUUGUCGGCAAGAAUCGCUUCUGAUGGCAAUACGCAAACCAAGGAAUACUGCAUAACGUAUGACCAAGAGGCGACUCUACCUAAGACAUUGAAGGAUGAGGACUAUCACCCUUUGGUAGACUUGAGCCCGUCCACGCUAUGCUUGAGUCCAGACGAUCCAGCCAAGCUCAGUGGCGCUGUAGUGGAGGCUCUGAGGGGAAACUGUACAUUUCUUCAGAAGGGACUUGUAGCUCAAGAGGCAGGGGCAACUUCACUUCUUGUCGUCAGUGCUGCCAAAAUAUCUACUCCAGAUGUCAAUCAGUCCGAGGAGCUGAAAAUCCCCGUAUCUCUGAUCUCCUCCAGUGACCACAAAGAUAUCUGGGUCAGAGGAGGCCCAGUCAGUGCUGCCUUCUACAGUCCUGAGCAGCCCAUGUUUGAUUAUAGUCUCAUUGUCAUAUGGUGCAUGGCUAUGAUAACUGUCAUCAUAGGAGGAUAUUGGUCAGGUCUGACUGGUUAUAAAAUCACUAAGACCAAAGAAAAGAAGGAAAAACGAGCAGCCGCUGCCGACAGAAGGGAAAGGACAGAGGAGGAGUCUGAAUCCGACACAGAGAGCGAAGAAGAACCAGUGACCAUCACCUUACCUAUCGUGGUCGUCUGGGUCAUCAUGAUCAUGGUCAUGCUUCUAUUGCUGUUCUUCUUCUAUGACUACAUGGUGUACGUUGUGAUAACAUUUUACUGCCUGGGUGCGGCAAGCGGCCUGCAUACAUGUCUGUUUCCCAUUCUGAAGCGUAUUAUGCCUUGCAAAAGAAGGGUACCAGCCAACAAAAUCCCCUUUCUGCGCUCCCGGCCGUAUAUCUUCAGUGUCGUAUUGGGUCUGGCCUGCAUUGGCUGCGUGGUGUGUUGGUUCGUCUUUCGUCACGAGAGUUUCGCCUGGAUUCUUCUGGACUUGCUUGGAGUAGCGUUCUGCGUCAGUGUACUCAAACUGAUCCACAUUCCAAACUUCAAGGUUUGCUUUGUCCUUCUGUCACUGCUGUUUUUCUACGACAUCUUCUUUGUCUUCAUUACACCUUUGUUUACCAAGGAUGGUGUUAGCGUCAUGGUCCAAGCAGCAACUGGGGGCAGUGGUGCGACUGAACAGAUCCCAGUGCUUCUACAGGUGCCGCAUUUGUCGCCCUCUACUGCCCAGGUUUGCCAGUUGCCCUCCAUGUUGGGAUUUGGUGACAUGCUAGUGCCAGGUUUACUUGUCGGCUACUGCUGUUCCUUCGACUUCAAAACCCACUCACGCAUCAAGGUGUACUACAUUGCUUCCUGUGUUGCCUAUGGCAUAGGACUCAUCUUAACCUUUGUUGCCCUCGCUCUGAUGAAGACCGGCCAACCAGCACUGCUUUACCUGGUCCCCUGCACCGUCCUGACAACGCUGGCACUAGCCGCAGCACGCAGAGAACUCUCGGACAUCUGGCACGCAAAACAAUCGGUGAAUGAACUCCACCGACUUUGACUAGUUGACCAUAAACAGUCGAGUAGACAGGCUCCAGUUACUCGGAAUGGAGACUGCACCUCACUGAACACUAACGAGCCGGGUUCCCACACCACAGACUGCACCACAGUUCAGGGCACUCGACCCGACGCAACGCACCCCACUGACACCCCUGCUUCGCCACAGGAGGAACCCAUUGGACAGCCGUCCGCUCCCCAGAUGGGUCGAGAUCAGGACUUAGAGUCUAUAGAUAUAAGUCUGGAUGACUUUGACAUUGAGACGAGCCCUCUUUUACCCCUGGCUGCAAUGCCGACUACCGAGAUCAAGUAAAGGCAUAGAAAAUGGCCGCCUGGAAUGAACAAAACACGCUCGGCCAAAAAAUGACAGAUCUCAGUUCUGUUUACCUUACUAAAGUCUUCAAAUUGUGGGUUUGAGCCUGGGGACCUUGUGUCCUUAAGCAAGGCACUUGACUGUGAUUGUUUCUUCACCCCAAAUCUGUGUGGGUGCAUGUACAUUUGUUCAUGUAUAUCAAGUGCUAUUUAGUGUCAGGUUGCUUGUGGCCACCUGCUAUCGUACUUAAUCAUCAUCAACUUUUUUUUUCAAACAUUACCGCCUAUUUAGGGCUGUCCCAAACGUACUGAAUAUUUAAGUAGCUUUUUGCUGGCUUGAAUAUUCGAAACCCCCAAACUAAGCACAUACACACACGGUGCCAUUUUUUAGUCGAUGGUAACUUUUUUGUCAACGGCGGUGCAUCGUUCCCAUCCUUUUAGCAGGUCAAGCCCUUGACCAUGUUGACAGUCAUAAAAAUGCUUACUGCAAACACUCCAGCAGACCACAGAGCCAUGGGCGGCCAUAUUGAUCGCUGCACGCAAAUUUUAACAAGCCAUUUGCGAGUAACAUUUGAAAAACAUCUGGUACACUGACUUGCUCAGAAUGCUUGGCACAUUUUAACGUUGAAUUCUCUAGACCAAAGACACUGUUGCUAAUCACAUGAUUCGGGGCAAGCUCUUGCAGAGUUACGUAAGAGAUGCUCAGUACCAAUACAUUGUUCACAAUGGGUGAGAAUGGCACAAAGACACCAGACCAUGCCGGAGCUGGGGGUUGCUAGCAUAAGGCUUGCCCCGAAUCACGUGAUGUAGUAACAGUCUCUUUGUUCGGGAGAAUGCAAAGUUAAAACGUGCAAAGCAUUGGAUUAAGUCAGCGUUCCAGAUUUUAUUCAAAUUUAACUCGCAAAUGGCUUUACCAGCACGGCAGGCACUUUCAGCAGGCAGUUUCGAAUAUCCUAAUAUUCAGUCAAACACAAUUUCGAGUAAUCGUGUACUAAAUUAUUUGAAAAUGGACAGCCCUACGCCUAUUUCAAGGUCCAAGCUGAAAUCUGAAAUGUAAUUCAUGUACACAGUGCAUUCCUUAUGAGGAUUCUGUGAUAGUGUGGACAGGACUUAGAACAAAGUUUCAGGACAUGUAACCUCCACAAUUCAAUUGUGUUAGUUAUCUCGAGUUUCCUCGAGUUUACUGCUCUCUCUGUUCGGUGCCGCUGAAAAGAGAAUUCUAUACUGCCCUCUGGCGCAUAUGGAAUUCCAUGGGAUACGAUGGCGCAUGCGCAAGACCAGUAACGAAUGCACUGGCGCAGACCAGACGUCGGCGAAUAAAAUUUGGUUCUCUAGUCAUGUAUAUCUGCCGUAGGAAAUCAUUUUACUUUAACUACCUAUUUAAGUGAUGUCACUUCUUGUAGCUUAAAAGCAUUUGAAUAAUAGAUUUACUUUUUAUUUUGUUUCAUUGUUCCUUCCAAAUUUCAAGAUGUAUAACACGGCUAUAUUGACUAUACUUGCUUAUCCUUGGUGUUGAGCUUCUGAGUUUAAUUCUGCUUUUGCUAGAGUUCAUUGCUCAGGACCAAGACGACUUUUACGUAGUUUGACCGUUGAGUUUCAAUCCAUAGAACUUCAAAUUGGCUUGACCAUCAGAUGGAAAUAGAAACUUUUUCCCCCAAACUUAGUUUGAACAGUCCUAUUCUGAAAACACAUGUAAGGUCAUACAAUGAGCUUUUGUUAUUUACACUAUUUACAGUAUUAAAAUUAACGUUCAGAGUUAUGUUUGUUUUUACCAGAGUUGACAUAUCUAGAGGUAAUCAUUAUGUAGGGAUACAUGUAUUUUUGCCUUGUAGUUCAGGCAUGCUUAUUUUCUGGGACACAAAAUGUAAGUGAAAUUCAAGAAACAUGCAGAUCUCCAAGGUUUCAUGAAGAGUUAAGCUUUUUACUGAUAACAAUGCCUGCAUAGUUUCCAGCUUUCGCUUGUAUAGUUUCACAUUUUUUACUUGAUCUGUAACAGCCAUGUUGAUGUGUUUAAAUUUUUAGAGUUAUUCAAGUUCUUGUAUAUCUUUUUUUUUUUGCCCAAACAAAUAUUUCAAUAAAACUCAUGGCGAUUAUGCCAGGUAAAUACCA